UAAAACCAAAUCCAACGUCUCCGUCUCUUCUUCAAACGCGUCUUCUUCUCCUUUAUAUUUCUCCUCUCUUCGCCUUUUUUUAGUUUCUUUUUCUUUUUAUUUGUAUUACGAAUCUUGCGAUUCUUUUCUUCUCUUGCCUCAUUGAUCUCAAUCGAAUGAUGGAUUAUUAUUCUACGCCAAGUUUUUGAAAAUCAAAAGGAACCCUAUUCUUUCCAUCUAUCCUCGAUUUUCAUCAGAUUAAUGUUGUUUGUAUUUGUGAAUGCGUGUUUGAAUUCUGAAUCCUGGGUUUCUGGAGUUGGAACUGACGAGAAGAUUGGGUCUCAUAAUAUAGUUAUAAGCACCGAUUUGAUGAACGAUUUGAUAGCUGGUUCUUUUGGUUAGAGAGUGUGAUUUUUAAAGCUUAACAUGUGAAUUAUGGUAUCUACAACAUUUAGGAGAAUUGUAUAUCCUUGUUGGAGGCCUUUUGGCAUUGGUGAAGGUUCGAUUCCAGGUAGUGAUGAUACUAAUGGCCGCCUCGAUGGUCUCUUGUGGUACAAAGAUUCCGGUAACCACAUCACCGGAGAGUUUUCAAUGGCAGUGGUUCAAGCAAACGCUAUUCUUGAAGACCAUAGUCAAUUAGAAUCUGGUCCUAUUAGCUUGCAUGAUUCAGGACCCGAAGCUACUUUUGUUGGUGUUUAUGAUGGUCAUGGAGGUCCUGAGGCAGCUCGGUUUGUAAACGAAAGACUCUUUUAUCAUAUGAGGAGGUGCACAUCAGAGCAAAGAGGGGUUUCUCCUGAUGUGAUCACGAGAGCUUUUGUUGCAACGGAGGAGGAAUUUCUCGGUGUAGUGCAGGAGCAAUGGAAGGACAAGCCACAGAUUGCUUCUGUGGGAGCUUGUUGCUUGGUUGGUGUAAUCUGUAACGGAUUGUUGUAUGUUGCAAACGCAGGAGAUUCUCGUGUUGUGUUAGGAAGACUGGAUAAUCCGUUUAAAGAGUUGAAAGCUGUUCAACUAUCGUCAGAGCAUAACGCAAGUAUCGAAUCCGUGAGAGAUGAGUUGCGUUUGUUGCAUCCUAAUGAUCCGAACAUUGUGGUCUUGAAACACAAGGUUUGGCGUGUGAAAGGGAUUAUACAGGUUUCGAGAUCCAUUGGUGACGCAUACCUAAAGAGAGCAGAGUUUAACGAAGAACCGUUGUUGCCUAAGUUUAGAGUUGCAGAACGUUUUGAGAAGCCAAUUAUGAGAGCUGAGCCAACGAUAACAGUUCAUAAGAUUCACCCGGAAGAUCAGUUUCUUAUAUUUGCCUCUGAUGGUUUAUGGGAGCAUCUAAGCAACCAAGAAGCAGUUGAUAUCGUCAAUUCUUGUCCACGCAAUGCUGUGGCUCGGAGGUUAGUGAAAGCUGCAUUACAAGUAGCAGCGAAGAAGAGAGAGAUGAGAUAUUCUGAUUUGGAGAAGAUAGAACGUGGCAUCAGGAGACACUUUCACGAUGAUAUUACCGUUAUUGUUGUCUUCCUCCACGCUGCAAAUUUUGGGAUUCGAACUCCGGUCUCUGUCAAAGGAGGUGGUCACCUCUCAGGCAAUGCGUUUUUAUAGUCUUCUUUUUAAUCCUAAAAUAAACAAAACAAAAAUCUCGUUUUUUUUUUUCGUUUUCCUUUUUUUUUCUGAACUAUAAUUUGAGUUCUACAGCAUUUUGUUUGCUUCUUUCUUUAUAAAUUUUUUAUAUAUAUAUAUAUAUCUUUGGUUUGUUCAGAACUCAGAUUGUCUGAUACUUGUUUAAAUUA